AUGGACAACAUUUCGAACUCCCUUUCCCUCCCUGUGGUGAUGAUAGCAUUGAUCAUAUGUCUUCUCAUCUUCCACCCUCUCUACAACCUCUACCUUCACCCACUUCGGCAUUACCCCGGCCCUCGUCUCCACGCGGCUUUCCACUUCUCUUACGCCCUCACCUACCUCAGCGGCCGCUCCAACGCCGUCAUGCACAAUCUCCACGAGCGCUACGGCCCGAUCCUGCGCGUAGCACCCAACAUCCUAUCCUACACCGACUCCGACGCCUACCGCGACAUCCGCGGUCAUCGCAAGCAAGGAACCGGCCAAAACCCCACAGACCAAACGGGUUUCAGCGCAAAGAGCAUGCAAGAGCAAGAGCCGGUGAUCAGGCAGCACGUUGACCUGUUCAUCUCGAAGCUCAAGGAUAUAGCCACUUCCCAGCACGAAGACAACCUCGGCACUCUAGACAUCGUGUCCUGGUUCAACUUCGUAAUCUUCGACCUCAUCGGCGCCCUCUCCUUCGGCGAAUCGCUCGGCUGUUUGGAGCAUUCAAGACUGCACCCCUGGGUCCAAGCAGUCUUUGACGCAACGAACAUGUACGGCAAGCGGAUGAUGGUCAAAUGGUACAGCCCCUCCUCCAUCCUGACGGCAUGGAUCGGUUGGAUAAUCGGCUUAUCAGCGCCACACUCGAAACAACAGGAUUUUGCUGCUAGAAAGGUGGAGAAGAGGUUAGCAAUGGAGGAUCCGGCUUCACGAAUGGAUUUUGUGGACGCUAUGUAUCGUGCGGAAUUCGAAGGGGAGGAUGGGCUGAAGAAGGUGUUGAGGGAGGAGAUUGUGUUUAAUAUGCGGUUGAUUAUGUUGGCGGGAUCGGAGAGCACGGCGACGGCGUUGACGGGUACGGUGUUUUUGUUGGCGACGCAUGGGGAUGUGCAGAGACGGUUGGCGGGGGAUGUGAGGGGGUUGUUUGAGAGGGAGGGGGAGAUUGAUAUUUGGAGUGCGCAGAGGGUGAAGUACCUGGGGGCGGUGUUGAGCGAGGCUAUGAGGGUGUUGCCGCCGGCGAGUCUGAGUAUGCCGAGGUUUUGUCAGGAGGGGGGUGAUGUGAUUUGUGGGAGGUGGGUGCCUGCUGGGGUUACGCUGGAAAUAUGGCCUAUGGCGGUGACGCAUAGCUCGAGAAACUUUGCGAAGCCGGAUGAGUUUAUCCCGGAACGGUGGAUGGAUGAUGGAGAACGGGAUCCAAUCUUUGAGAAUGAUAAGGCGGAAGCGUUGAAGCCGUUUUCCUAUGGCCCGAGGGAUUGUAUUGGGAAAAGUCUUGCCAAUGUCGAGAUGAGACUCAUCCUCGCACGAAUGCUUUGGAACUUUGAUAUCAGCUUGGCUGAUGAAAAGGGCAAGACCUGGGCUAAGGAUAUGUUGGGGUGGAACUUGUGGCUGAAGUACCCUUUGAAUGUUGUGCUAACACCUGUUCGUCGUGGCAAGAAGUAA